CUAGAGCAGCAAGAGGAGCUGGUAUGGCCCUCAGAGGAGCAGCAGUCGGCUUUAUAGUGCACCACCAAAAUGUCCGGAGAGAGAGAUAGAGAUGGUUAUACAGUGGAAGUAACCAGUAAACACAACAAACAACACAGCUUUAACCCCGAGCUACCUUGUGUUUCUUUUCACUAUCAUGUCUCUCUCUCUCCACCACCAGCUUUCUUACUGCUCUCACUCUCACCCCUUUUUAAGCUAUAAAGAUAAAAAUAAUGAACACCCGUCCCCCUCUUUGGCUUUCUUUCUCUCUGUGGAAACCUAUUAUUAUUAUUUUUAUUGUUAACUAUUUGAUGGUUCCAAAAAAGUAACCAUGGAUGAAGAUACCUAAAACAGAGAAGAAGAAGAAGAAAUACCAAAACCCUCAAUGGAUAUUGUUGGUUCAGGUUCUAAUAAUAAUUUUGGUGUGUCAUCAUCAUCAUCCUCUUCCAAGGGUGGUGGUGGAGGUGGUGCUGGUGCUGGGGGAGGUGCUGGUGUUACGGCGGUUUCAUCCGAUUCAUCUUCUCUCAACGGUUUGAAAUUUGGUAAGAAAAUUUAUUUUGAAGAUGUGGGUAUUGGAGUUUCAGCUAAAUCAGUUGCUGGUUCGACGUCUAUUUGUGUUCCUGAUGGGAUUCCGUUGUCACCGCCGACGCCGGCGACGUCUCGAAACAGAAGGAAUGUUGUCCAAGGAGGGAAACCUCCGAGAUGUCAAGUGGAAGGUUGUAAGCUGGAUCUGAGUGAUAUUAAAGCUUAUUAUUCAAGGCAUAAAGUUUGUGCCAUGCAUUCUAAGUCUCCUAAGGUCAUUGUUGCUGGUUUGGAACAAAGGUUUUGUCAACAGUGUAGUAGAUUUCAUCAGCUCGCUGAAUUUGACCAAGGAAAGCGAAGUUGCCGUAGACGUCUAGCUGGCCACAAUGAGCGUCGCAGGAAGCCACAACCUGGAUCUUUGUUAUCUUCACGCUAUGGUAGACUUUCAGCAUCUCUUCAAGAAGAUAGCAGCAGAGGCGGUGGCUUUGUAAUGGACUUUGCAGCAUAUCCAAGAAUGUCUGGAAGGGAUGGCUGGACAACCUCAAGGACAAGUGCUGAUCAACCCAGUGCUACAGGAAAGUUUCUCGCACUGCAGUAUCCUCCAGCAAAUGUCUUCUAUCAGGGGUCCCACACUUAUAUGCAAGGUUCAUCUGCAGCAGGUGGGUCCGUUUUUUCCAGUUCUAGAAUACCUCCGGGUGAGUGUUUUGCUGGAGUCUCCGACUCCGGCUGUGCUCUCUCUCUUCUGUCAAACCAAUCAUGGGACCCAAGAAAUAACCAAGCUUCGUCUAGUGUUUCUGUUAAUAACUUAAUGAACGGCGAAGGGGCUCCAAUGGUAUCUCAAUCAACAGCACCGAAUCAAGGUGCUGUUAGUAAUAGCUACACAGUUAGCUCGUGGGCUUUGAAGGGUAACGAUGAAGGUGGUGGUCGUGGCAAUUCUCAUGAAUUGCACCACCAUGAUUUGGGCCUUGGGCAGGUUACUUCACAACCCAUGAAUGCCAACCAUCAGUUUUCUGGUGGCGAGCUUGAGUUAGCUCAUCAUGCUGUGGAAAAUAGGCAGUACAUGGAACUUGCUCACUCCAGGGCUUAUGACACAUCGUCAGUUCAACAGAUGCACUGGUCUCUAUAGAGAUGCAUCUGGUUAAUGUAAGAGUUUGUCGGGCAUGUAUUAACCAGAUUUGCUAAGACAUCCUUGAUAGUUACGCUUCUGUGGCGAUUGCUAAAUUGACUGUAUUUCUGUGGCAUAUCUCAGGGUACAAUUGCUUGAAUCCAAAAACCUUGUUUAUUGAAGUGCUCUUUUUUAGGUUGUAUGAGUUGUAUAAGCAAAUGCCAAACCUGGGCUUGGAUGCUGAACUUUAAUUAAUAAUCUUCUUUUAUGAGU